AUGUCCUAUGUAGGACCGCUAGCUAAGGAUGGUUUGUACUCUAAUUCGGUUCUUAAACAGCUACAGAUUAAGAAAAUUAGUUGGUUAUGCAAUGUACGUAAUUUUAUAAGUAGGGUACGGUUCGGUACGGUAUUACGGGAAAAAGGAGCAUCCAGAGGUUGUAUGAUAAUCAAGAGUAUCGAUUCUGGACCAAGAAAACGGACACUGACAUUCCUAUCAGACAGAGCUAUUAGUCAUAAAAUGAGUGACAGUGUACCCGGAAAACAAAGUUUUGAAUAUGAGGUGGAGAAAAAAACUGAAAAAAGUCGUAACUGUGAGCCCUGCGAAGAGGGCGGUGACGUCUUUACUGCUUUCGGAUUCUGUGUGGACUGCCAAAAUUACUUGUGUGAAUCGUGCUUUAAAUGUCACUGUAUUCCCAAACCUAUGAAAAAGCAUAGACUACUGAAUACCGUGGAAAUGCCAAGAAAGAAAGUAUCUGAAGAUUUAUCAGAAAUCUGUAAGAAGCAUGAGGGAGAAACCAUCAGGUAUUACUGCAAAAACCAUGAUGUAGUUGGCUGUAACUCGUGCAUGUUACUAGAACAUAAACCAUGCCAAGAAAUAUGUGGCCUCAAUGAAAUGGCACAAGAUGUUGAAACUUCGCAAUCCGUACAUAGAUUUAUGCAACAAUCUGGACAGAAUUAA